UUACACCGUGUACUUAUUUAACUGAAAUGUGCACUUUGGUUGUUUGUUUGGAUUAUUUCUGAAGCCAACUGUACAGACAACAUAAGACCAGAUGCAAAUCCACAACAGAUUUCUAUGUGUUGGUGCCUCUGCCAGUGGUACUGUUUGUAUUUAGUUUAAAUAACAGAACAAAGAACUCCUGUUGAUUGAGAGUUCGUGGAAUAACGUCUGAAUUUAGUAUUCUCGGGAACUGGUCAGAGAUGGUGUUUUCUCAUUCUCACGUGGCUUUGCCUGCUCUCUCAGCCUGGGACUUGGAAGUCUACCAGGAGGUGAUGCCAUGUGAUAGCCUCUGGAGACUGAUAACAGAAGUGGUUCCACUUUCACAAUUUCUUGUCCCUGAAGCUUUGUACAAUUGAUGCCCCUGAGGUGCCAGAUCCAUAUAACAGAGAGGAUGAAAGGCAUCCAUAACUGUCAAAGGUCAACAUGGACCAUGACAAAAGACCAGUAGAAUUUCCAGUUUUAGUGUGAUAUGUUCGAAACGCAAGGAUAAGUAACAGUCAUCAGACGUGAAACUCAACAUGGCACAGGGCCAGCUACAAAACAACUCUUUGAAGAACAGUUCGAUCCCUGUGUUCACUGGCCUUGACCUCCUCUUUGACCUGAAGCCCCUCUUCAUUCCCCUCUAUGCCACUCUGGUGGCUGUGGCUUGCAUCGGCAACUUGCUCCUUAUUCUCCUUAUUGUUGUCACCAAAAAACUGCACAGCACCACUAACUUCCUUAUUGGAAACUUGGCUGCAGCUGACUUGAUCAUGUGCAUUUUCUGCGUCCCACUUACUGCAUCCUAUGCCUUUGAGAUCCGGGGCUGGCUCUUUGGGAUGUUCAUGUGUUACUUUGUCACGUUGAUGCAGACUGCUACUGUAUUUGUGUCUGUGCUGUCCCUCACAGCUAUUGCAGUGGACCGAUAUAUUGUUGUUGCUUACCCCAUUCGCAAAAGGCUAAGCCGCAAGUCCUGUGUCUACAUAGUGGCCUUCAUUUGGUUACUCUCCAUUGUGGUUUCUGUGCCUACAUCCAUGCACACCCAUUAUCUAGAUCUCAACAAGAUUGGCCACGACAUGUUCAUCUGUGAAGAAUUCUGGAAGCACCAAGAGAAAGAGAGGCUGCUGUACUCAUGCUCAAUGCUCCUUUUGUCCUACAUGCUCCCACUUUCUGCAGUCUCUAUCUCCUACUGUGCCAUUUCUUAUCGCCUCAGGAAGAGGAAUGUCCCAGGGGCUGCUUACCACAACCAAGAGAAACGGACCAAUAAAAAACGAAAGACCUUCCGGGUUCUCAUUAUUUCAGUCAUGUGCUUUGCUGUCUGCUGGCUACCUCUGCAGGUGGUGAACCUCAUCAGAGAUGUAGAUGAAGAGUUCAUCAUCUUAGACAAGAGGUACGUGAAUGUCAUUCAAGUGUCAUGUCACUUGAUCGCCAUGAGCUCUGCCUGUUAUAACCCUUUCAUCUAUGCCUCCCUCCAUGACAAAUUCCGAUUUCAUGUUAGUAACUAUUUUUGCCAUCACAAAAAGAGGUCCAGCAUCAUGUCCCGCAAGGCCUCACGACUCAAUACCUGCUCCACGCUGGCAGACAUUCCCAUGGGCAUCACCGAUAAGUUAACCCUGCAAGGCAGGUUUUCUUUUAACUAAAAUACAACAGGAGAUCAAAUCAGCAGAGGUGGCAUACACCUUAAUUCUGUGUUUGUUAUAUUGCACACCAAAGCCUGUGGUGCAAGUUAUGUUACACUGGUAAUUGGUCAUUUCAAGACAAUGUAGAUAUCUGAGAACUUGGCAGUAGUGCAAGGGAAACAAACAGAUGGGGUUUGUGUCUGAAGGGAUAGAAAGAGCUCAUUUGAGCAACUGAAGUGUAUUCUGCUCUUUGUCAAAACAAGCACAUUCAAGAACAAAAAUGGCAGUCCUGUAAGUUUAAGUUAAUUCUGUACAGUUUUUAUUAACAUUGUCCUUAUUUUGUAUAGGGUGAUGCUAUGGGAAUAGCAGGCAUUUCCUUUUGACUUAAUUCAAUUCAAAGCUAAAAAGUCUUUACAUAUGAAACAGCCAUUUGCUCUCUUGUUGUCUCAUGUGAAAUGGACUGUCUUGGCAUAUCAAUCACUGGCCUAUCAGAAGCAAGGCUGAUAGAUCAUGGAUGCCAUGAGGUGGAAGAUUCAUUACUUCUGUAUUCCAGCAGUUCCAACCACUUAUAUGGGGUAGCAUUACUACUCUGAGGCAAGGCCAAGUCCUCCUUGAUAACUUGGAUGCCCAUGUCAUCUUGACUACUUAUUGCAUGUCUUAAACAUCGGCACGGUCACCUCGCUGUCAUAGUAGUCUAUGCACUGAGAGAGGAAUUAGCUGAUUUAAUUAAAGAUCAUUUCUAUGAUCAAUUGCAAUCUCUAGUAUGCAUCAUCCCUCCACAUAAUAAUCUCGUGUUCCUGGCUGACCCAAAUGCACUUACUGGUAUUGUGAUCUAACUUUAUAAGGGCAAGGGACUGCACUGCAAAUGUAAGAGCUGCAGGACAAUCACCUUGUUGUCCGUGAUAGGGAUGGUGUUUGCGCAUGUUCUCCUGGCACAUUUGGAGCCCCUGCUACAUUGGAAGCGUGACUCUCAACAGUCAGGAUUUACGAGGACUAGGUCCACAUUAGAUGCCAUUUUGGCCCCUCUGCUUGUUGUUCAAGAAGCCCCUCCACGUGGCAUAUGUCACAAGGCUGUGUUUGACUCAGCCUUAAAGGGCAUAGGUGUUCCAACCACUCCGCUGGACUUGAUUAGUGAGAUGUACAAUGGAACCACUGCCCAUGUACAUCUGGGAAAGCAGAUGUUGGCACCUUUUAAAUCAAUAUCUGGUGUCAGGUAGGGCUGCGUCUUGGCCACUGCACACUUUUGUUGGGCAAUGGAUUUCAUAAUGCAGCAUUCUGUCAGGUCCACAGGCAUUAAGAUCCAUGAUCUCUCACUCUCAGACCUUGACUAUGCUGCUGACAUUCAUAGAAU